UGUACGAAAAUGGCGAAGAAAAUAGAGAAGGUUUAUUCAAGUCGGGAUGGAUGGAUGGAGAAAGAGGAAUAGAAUUUAAGAGAAAAUAUUGAAAGAUGACAAUGAAGAAUAAAAAAAUACAGACACCAUAACCUUUUUUCCAAGUCCAAAGUUUCCCUUUUUUUCUUCCCUCUCAUCAUUUGCUCCCCAUAAAGCUCGAGAAUUUAUAGAAUUGAAACUCAAAGAAGAGAAGGACAUAUCUUGAAAAUUGAUGGCAGUGACGAAGUUUCACUGACAGGAAUCAAAUUUAGGGCUUGUUCUCUUUUUUUAUGAUGCUUGCUUCUGAAACGAUUUCUGCGAUUUCUUCCUGUCUUGAGCAGUAUAGUAUACAAUAAUGGUAGAGCUACUAGAGGUUAUGUCUGGAACAGAAAUAUAUUUUGUUGUUGAGAAAGCUUUAUUAGGGUAAACGUGGAAAACCCAGCUCUUGUUACAGUUUCAGUUUACAGUCAUGGAAGCCUCAGAAAUCGUGGAGGCGUUUCAGCGACUGUGACAGUUUCAGAUUAUCUUCUUUGUUUAGCUAUUUCAGUUUUUCUGUCAGAUGCACAACAAUUCUUGCUCUGCAAUAGCAAAUGGUUUCUGAGUAAUACCGUUCUUGCCGAUCCGGUGAGUUCUCACUUCUCAAUGACCCAUCUCAUGUAUUCUUGCAAAAUUUAUAGCAUUACUUGUUCAUUUUUCCUAGUUUGAAUUAUUUCUUUUGGGUUUCAGUUUACCAGCUGAGGCAUACUGUUCCGGUUUGGAUCAAAGAACAAGAACCUUAUAUGCUGAUGAUGAAAAGAUCAAGAGCAGUGACAAAACCAGCUUUAAUAGCUGAUCAGAGCCGUCACCAAUCGCGUCCUCCUGAGCAUAAGUGUGUUAGAAUUAUUCAAUCCUUGUUUAGUUCACCCAAAUUUAGAGACUUCACCUCCAAGUGUCUCUCUGGAGCUGAGGCUUUAAGGAUCCCUACUUCAAUUCUUGACUCUAUGCUAUUACCCCCUUCUGGGACAUUCUCCACCAGAAUUUCCUCGGAAAAGAAAAGCUCAUGGAACAAGAUAUAUUCCAGAGGCAUUGGGCUUGCUCUUGUUGAUGCUCUCAAAGAUGAGGAAGCUGCAGAGAAUUCUGACAAACCCAGCAAUGGUAAUGUCCUGUUUGGAACACAGCUAAGAGUAAAAGUCCCUCCUUUAACAUCUUUUACAUGUUAUCCUUUUGAAUCUCCAACAAGUUCGAAUGGCGUUGGUAUUAAAACCCCAAAUUCACUUGUAUUGCCAACUGGGUCUCAAAGUUCAGAAAUUUAUACAGAAGAUUCUCCAAGGGUGGUAUCCACAGGUGUUCUAUCUUUGAGUGAAAUGGAGCUUUCUGAGGAGUAUACUUGUGUAAUAUCCCAUGGAUCUAAUCCAAGAACCACCCAUAUAUUUGAUAAUUGCAUUGUCAAAAGCCAUUGUUCUCUGCCUGGAAGGCCCCCGUCAAUUUCGGGGAAUUUCCUCAGCUUCUGUUACACGUGCAAGAAGCUUCUUGAGCACACAAAAGACAUCUUUAUUUACAGGGGUGAGAAAGCUUCUGCAGCCACGAAUGCCGGUGCCAAGAGAUGAUGGUGGACGGAGUGGAGAAUUUGGAAUCUGAUGUUUAUCAUCACUCUUGACUCAGAAUUUGAUCAGCAAGUCAAACGUUUUCCAUUUCCAUUAUUGAUUAUGAUUUGUAAGUUUGAGGCUUUUGUCAUGGAGGCGUUGUUUAUGUUGGU